CACAAUGUUGCCCGACACCGUAUGUCAUGAGGUGCCGUUGAAAAGGAAGUUCUGAAAGUUUCAAAGAAAACUCGAUUACUACUACUACUACUACUGUUGACAAAUAAGUCUGGGUUACGCCUAAGAAACAGGUGUGAAAUAUUUUGUAAGCUAUGGCUACCUUAGAAGACAGGAUCCUUGGAGAAAAACUACAAUACUAUUGCAGUAGCUCUGAGGAUGAAGAUGAUGACAAUGAUGAAAAUGAAAAUAAUGUGGCCAAAGAAAGUAAUGAAGGACCAGUUCCACCACCUGCAAGCCAAAAUUGGGAAGGGUACUCAACUAAUACUGGGCCCAAAGGUGUGUUGAAAGACUGGCAAAGGUUCAAGCAACUUGAGACAGAGAGUCGGAAAGAACAAGAAAGGGAGAAAGUUCUUUUAGCCAAGAAAUUAGCCCUGUCGUGUAGAUCUCAUCUUGAUGAUGAAAAAGAAAAGGAAAAGAAAGAAGAGGAAGAUGUUGAUGCCCUAAUUGAUGAGGAUUUUUUACGUCAGUAUAUAUCCAAACGAAUGGAAGAAAUGAUGGCCAACACAUCUAUGAAGUCUAAGUUUGGUCGACUGAUUUCUCUUGAAGACGGAAACUCAUUCUUGGAUGCAGUUGACAAAGAAGACAAGGGAGUGACUGUUAUUGUUCAUAUAUAUGACAAGGAAGCAGCUGGUUGUGAAGCUAUGAAUGGUUGCUUGGCCUGCUUAGCGCAGGAUUACCUACACGUUAAAUUCUGCAAGUUACCGGCAUCAGCAGCUGGUGUUAGCAGCCGUUUUAAAGUAACCGGAUUACCAGCUUUACUUGUGUAUAAAGAAGGUACUCUGAUGGGAAAUUUUGUACGGCUCACAGAUGAAUUUGGUGAUGAUUUCUACGCAACUGAUGUAGAAUCCUUCUUGAUAGAACAUGGAAUGCUGAUGGAUCGUUCAUUAGUUCCACCAAGCAUUAGAGGACCGUCAAUACCAACUCAUGAUGAUGACGACAGUGACUUUAGCUUGGAUGAUUAACAGGUUUUGAAGGUGCUGAAAGGAGCAGGUUAUUUGAAGAUGCUUUUGCAAGGUACAGUAUUGUGUCGUUUGCAAAACUUGUGGGUAAAUGACUACUCUUUAAAAGGGCUCCUGAUCAAGUAUUAAUAUUUGUGCAUCUACCAUCGUGUUUAAUCUUUUUGCAAAUUGUCUUCCUCUACAGUCACACGUAAAAUCUUUGUUUAGUUGAUUGAAAAAGAUUGGAAUUUCAUUGUAUCUCUGUCUAUUAGGAAAACACUUUCUACCUCAUCUCUAUGUAGAUUAAACUUUCAAAGCAAUGUAGAGACUGCAUUUGAAAAUGUAUUGUUAAAAUGUUCUUUGGUAAAAUUAUGUAAAAUGUCAAAAGUUGGUAGAGAUUGUGUUUACCUAGUUUCCUAGUUUUUAUGAGAUUUAAAAAGAUUGUAAAGAUGGUAACAAAAGCAGUGUAUGAAGUACAGGCAGUGGUGAUUGCCUUGUGAAUGCUGGUAGAUGGGAUAAGGACAAAUACUUAGAUGCUUAAGAUUUAGCAAGUUUUAUGGUUAUCAAUAAAUAUGUGUAAAGUAUCUGAUAUUUCCCACUAGAUUAACAUGCAAAUGAGACUGGAAUUGAGGUGUACUUCUCACAUAUUUUAGUCUUAAUCACCCAAAUGCAUUAUUCUUAUGGAACAAACAAACAAAAACUUUACUUGCAAAACUAGCUCCCACAGAGUAGAAUGCCCAGAUGAGGAUAAAAUUAAAAACAGAAGAAAAACAGAAAGCUAAAUUAAUUUGUCCACUAAGGGACAUACUAAUUUGACAUUACAUUUCUAUGUAUCUAGAAAAAAUGUAAAAUUUAUUGGAUUCAUUUAACUUGUAGCACUGAUUUUUAGACAUAAAAGUUGAAUAAGGUAGUUUUGCUAGUUUUCUUUUUGAGCAGUUAUGACCAAUGUGCUGUACUCUUACAAAACCUCUCUUAAGCAAGUAUGUUUUUCUUGAAUAGGAUACUUAACUUUUAAGUUUAUAUUCUUUAAUGUAUUUACUUGUGCAAUGAAAUCAGACCAUUUAUUUCUCCAUUAUGAUGAUUAUGCUUUAGAAGUAGAAUCACCGGAUGCUUAAAAUGGAACACAGUGCAAUAUUGUUUAGUGUAAUUAUUUUGGUGGUUUCAACAUGUGGUAACUGCAGCAAUUAUAAUAACUGUGAGUACGUACAGUAAAAAGUAAUGCUCAGUAUUUUUUAAAUACGUAUUAAAUCUCAAUGUAGGUUUGUUAUCUCUAGUUCACAGGAGCUUAUUUGUUUUAACCAAGUACAGGCUCCCUUUGUAGCUCAAAACUUGACAUUUACUGUUGGUUGAAGAUUGGCCUUUCUUAUGCAUAACUGCUUGUGUUGACCUGCAUUAUGUUCAAACAGGAAUUGGGUCAUAUGAGUUAUUCAUCAAGAAUCUUUGGGUCAACUGAGUGUGGCCAAUUCAGAUAUAAAAUUACUUAAUGCCUACAUGGGUAGGGAUCUGAUAAAUUUCAACACUGACACCAUCAUCAUUUAGGAAUAUUUCUGAAGCCUUUUGGGUACUUUCCCUUUUCCUCCAUUACAAUAUAGAAAUCUCUAACCAUUUCUCCUCUUCCUUUUUCACUCUUCAGAAAAUUUUGGUCAAUGUCCACAUAAAAGUUCAGUGAGUCAAGAGGCUUUAUUAAGGUAAAACACAUUUGUUGACAUAAUUUAGUUAGCUUCAUUAGGAAACUAGCUAGCUUGUACGUGCUUUAUCCAUCCAAAUUCUCCAUUCACCUAAUCAAGUUAUUCUUUUCAAUGUUUUUAGAGGUGUCAAAGUACAGCAUCAUUAGUUAUUGCUCAAAACUAAUUUACCUGAACCUACAAGACAAUUGCACUACACCAUGCAUUAGGGCAAAGGUGUAUGAAGCAUGGCGUGAUGAUGGAUAUUCGUGUAUAAUUUCACUUUGUGAAGCUAUCAAGAUUAAGGAAAAUCAGAUUCUAAUCAUUCCCAUUCAGGGGAACUCUUCUAAUUUUAUAGUUUCACAAGCAAAAAGGUUUAUUGUACUUCAUAUGAUAUACCACUUUUUUUACAUAAGCCCGUUUCUUUCCAAUACUAAACAAGAGAGCCAUAUUGCAAUAAUGAACAACAUAGGGUGUCAUUAACUCUGGGUGUUAGUGGUAGACAAUAGCAGAUGACAACAUCCAAUCUGACUAAAUUUUGUCUAUUGUUUAAAGAAGAAGAUAUUAGCAUAUUUGUAAGUAAGCUCCCAAUGAAUAAUACGUUGAAACCAUUAGAUUAUUUAAGGUAUUAUAAUUUUUUGUAUACUGGAAAUAAAGGGUCUGACUGAUACUUUGCUCCUUUUGAAGGCUAUUCUGUACCCAGUUUGUUUAUCCUUAGCUGGUAUGUUAAUAUAUAAAAAUUCUGAAUUUGCAUUGAUUACAUAGUUUUAUCUUGAUCUCAUAUUAUGCAUUGCAUUGUAAGUAAUUUAAUAAAAAAAAUUUAGAUAUUUGUACAACAAA